AUGGCGGAAUUGCAGACUGUGUUGUCGUGGAGGGCCCGCCCGUCUGCACAGGACGGUCUCUUUCUGGCCGCCGGCUUGGCUUCGUGGAUCUUUCUUCUGGUCCUGCCGGUGAGGCUGCGACAACUGCAUUUGGCGUCAGUCAAGGUCAACACCUCUCGCCUUGCCUUUUACAAAAUCGCUGCCUCGUUGCUGCUCAUCGUCGCCUGCUUUAGCUCGGCCUUCAUCUUGGCGCGCAGUGACACCUCCGGCUCGUUUGCAGCUCAAUGGAGCAUGUACGGUGGACCGGCCGCGUCCGUAGCGGUCGCCAUCCUCUCCUUUCAGGAGCACCGUCGAAACCUUCGCCCGUCCAACACAAUCGUGCUGUAUCUCGUGGCAACGCUUGCUAUCGACUUGGUGUCGCUGGCUGUCCCAUUGCGCUUUGGCUGGCCGACUACAUUUUACGGGGCCAAGAUUUUCGAGGCCACGGCCAAGGGAACGCUACUUUUCCUCGAAAGCCGGUGCAAAAAGCCUAUCCUGCGCGAGGAAUUUCACGAUGUUCCUCCCGAGGAACUAGCUGGCGUUCUCAGCUUGACGUAUUUCUGGUGGCUUCAUGACUUGCUGCAGUUGGGCUACGACAAAGUUCUGUUGCCAGCCGACCUUCCUCGGAUGGAUAGCAAGCUUGAAUCGGAUCCGUUGCGGCAGAAAAUACUGGCCGUAUGGGAAACACGAGGUAGGUCUUUUCAGGAACAAAAGGCGGCAUACUACAUGGCCCUAACGCAGUUUGCUUUGGUUCUAGAGACUCCCGAGAAGCCAACGACACUCCCUCGCGCCUUGUUCAGUUGCUUUUCGGUGCCAAUCACGCUCGUCGCGAUUCCACGGCUCUUUCUCAUUCUAUUUCAAUUUUCACAGCCUGUCUUGAUCAGCAGGGCAAUUUCUUUUGUCCAAGGACUCACCCAAGAACAGAGCAUUGAUGACAAUGCAUCCGCUGCAGGAUCUUGGAUCGUCGUGGCGGCCGUCUUUGUCUACUUUGGUCUGAUGACAUCUACUGUUGUCUAUCGCCACCUUCUCGAUCGCAUCCAAGUCAUGCUCAAGGGUGCCCUCGUUGGUAUCAUCCACCAAAAGUCUUUGACAGGACGCAGCCACGCAUACGACGAUGGAAAAGCCUUGACCCUCAUCAGCACAGAUGUUGUCGAGAUUGAGGGUGCUGCGGAGAUGUUUCACGAGUUGUGGGCGUUCUGUCUCGAAGCAGCCGUCGGCUUCUCCAUGCUUGCCAUGGAGAUUGGCUGGCUGUGGCCGUUGCCAGUGGGCAUCGUUUUUGUCUUCUCCCAGACAAGCCGUUAUGCGGUGAGGCCUAUGAAGGCGAGGCAAACCGCGUGGAACGAAGCGACACAGAAACGGCUCUCCAUGACAAGUUCGAUCCUUGGAGCGAUCAAAAGUGUGAAGAUUCUCGGGAUACAGACCGCUGUCGAGGAUGUGAUCCUACAGCUUCGCGAGAAUGAGCUCCUCGCAGCAAAGGGCGUGCGCUGGGUGAAUGUGCUCUACAACUCGAGCGCAAACGCUUUGGGUCUUUUCUCGCCUGUCUUGACUGUUGCCCUAUACGCAAUUCUCGCGUCGGCCCACGGCAAAGAGUUUGACACGAGAACCGCAUUCACGACAACGGCCAUUCUGUCUAUGAUUACACACCCGAUCAACAUGGUCAUGACCAUUCUACCCCGGAUUGCAGCAUCCAUGUCGAGUUUUGAGCGCAUCCAGACGUAUCUGCUGAGACCAAGUGUGGACGACAAGAGAGUAUCUACCGAACACGAAGACAUUUCCAGAACAUCGGAUGCAGUGGCUUUUACGGAUGUCACCAUUCCCGAUCAGCAAAACUCGAAGCCUAUUCUCCAGUCUGUGAAUUUCAGUAUCGCAAAGGGAUCACUUACUAUUGUCACUGGGCCUGUCGGAGCUGGCAAGACUCUACUAAUGCACAGUAUCCUGGGGGAGACUAUAUUCAGCAAAGGAACGGUAGCUGUGUCUUCAUUGAAAAUGGCGUUUUGCUCGCAGACCGCGUGGUUGCCAAACAGAACGAUCCGAGAAUGCAUCCUGGGACUCGACGGAGGUGUCCACGUUGACCAGACACGGUAUGACAAAGUGCUAGAGGCCUGCUGCCUGCUCGAGGACUUUGGUGCCCUUCCAGACGGAGAUCAAACAGUUGUUGGUACCGGCGGUCAAAAUCUCUCCGGUGGCCAGCGGCAACGAGUGGCCAUUGCACGAGCUGUUUAUUCCGAUCUUGAUAUAUUCAUCUUUGACGACAGCUUCAGUGCCCUGGACAGCAAAACACAGAGCGCCGUGAUCAACAAUUUGCUUGGACCCAGCGGUCUUCUGCGUAACAACAGCAUAGCCGUCAUAUGGGUAACCAACAACCAGUCGUACUUCUCCCUUAGCGACAAGGUCAUUGUCCUUCUCAUCUCGCAGCCCCUCCUGGGUGUGACGUUGCCGGUCUGCGUUGCAAUUGUGUAUGUGGUGCAAAAGCGGUAUCUACGCACGUCAAGGCAACUGCGACGAAUAGAGCUCGAGUCCCAAUCCGCCGUGUACUUUAACAUUCUGGAGACAGUCAGCGGUGUUCAGACCAUCCGUGCGUUUGGCUGGCAGGAUACCAUGGCCAAGGAGAAUGCCGUGUCGCUUGACAAUUCUCAGCGGCCAGUCUACCUCACGCUGUCUUUGCAGCGCUGGCUGAAUGUCGUCCUGGACGCGGUUGUUGCCUGCAUUGCUGUUGGUACGGUCUGGCUGGCUGUGUGGGGGGCACUUGCAGGAGGCUCGUCCUCGCAGCCCAUCCUACGAUUUAGUCCGUCAGGUGGACAUAUUGGUGUGGCUUUGAACAUUAUCCUUGUGACCAACACGACGCUCCUUCGCCUGAUCCAGACGUGGACAAAUCUGGAAGUGUCACUGGGGGCUGUUGCACGACUUCGAGAAGCAACACACGAGACGCCACAGGAGGAGUCUUUGCUGGACAAGGAUGCGAGCGAAGCCAAUGGCGACGCUGGAGGGCAGCUACCGGCAAACUGGCCAAGUACUGGGAAGAUCGAACUCGCCAAUGUGACGGCAUCCUACAGCCAAGAUACACCCGUGCUCAACGGGGUGAACCUGAGCAUCAAUCCGGGCCAGGUUGCUGUUAUCUGCGGGAGGACAGGGAGCAUCACCAUUGACGGCAUCAACCUGGCCGGUCUCCAGCUCGACGACAUCCGCGAGCGCGCAUUUGUGACUGUGUCGCAAGAUCCGUUCCUCCUCCCCGGCGCCAGUCUCCGUUUCCACUUGGACCCAACCGAAACGCUGCCGGACAGAACGUUGGCUGAGGCACUGCAGAAGACGGGGCUGUUCGGCUUGUUUGUCGGCAGCAGUUACGAUGAGCACGAUGCUGGUGAUGUGGAUGGAGCGACCGCCUCGCUAUGGGACCGGGCACUUUCGUCUUUCCCCGUGCUCUCGGCCGGCCAAGCACAGCUCCUGUCACUGGCCCGUGCUUUGCUCCAGCUGCAAACCCGGUCCUGCGUUUCUUCCGAGACGUACUCGGACCGCGAGCACGGCAAGCGCAUGCCCAUUAUUCUGCUGGACGAGAUCACGGCGUCACUCGAUGCGGAGACGGAGGCGGCUGUGUACGAUGUGGUGGAGGAGGUGUUUAUCAAAAGCCAACAGGGUGCCGGCCACACGGUGCUGAUUGUGACGCACCGUCCGGCGGCGUUGACACGACGGCUCCGGCCGGGCCAAGAUGCCACUGUUUGGAUGAGCAGCGGCAAGGUGGAGAGAGUCGAACCUGUUGAGGUCGAAGAUUAG